UAUUCUUUCUUUUCCUUUCUGUAUUACCUUGUUUGUCUGUGUAUUAGACAUGGUAAUAAAGGUGAGGUUUAAGUAGUGGGAGGACGUUACAAAAAGAUAAAGAAAGUGCUGCUCUGCCUGAGAAAGCCAGAGUAAAAAAGCUGAAAGAUUUGUCUUGGAGGUGGAGUCAGUGUCGAUCAGGGGAGGGUGAGAAAAGAAAGCUUUGAACAUGUGCAGAGCAGUGUGAGGACACAGCUUCAGAGCUGAGAGAGACUGAGAAAGGGUGACAGAGGAGUUUUUUUACAGAGAGGCUGCUGAAGCACAAGGCUGUGACACAAAAAGGAAGUGAGAUAACAAGCUUAGGAAAUGACAGUGUGAAUUAUUUGUUGUCACUCUGCUCAGAAUACAGGGAGGCCUGAAAACAGAAAUGAAUGGCGAUGGCAGCAAACAGCGAUAUGUGUCAACCUUCAAGAUACAGAUCAAGCCACCCUGCGCAGCACCUGCACUGGCAAAGGAGCUGCAAUGUAAUGAUACCAGGACAUCAGACAAGUCAUCUUGCACAGGUAAGAGCAGAAUUAAGCAGAGGGAGAGAAAGGAUUAAUAAUUUAGGUGGGUGUGUUUGUGUUUGACAGAGCUUAGCCUGGUAGUAUUUCUCAUGUUUUCACUGUCAGCAUUUCAAAAGACAUGUCUGAACAUGGUGAUUACUCAUGAUAACACCACUAAAACACAUUGAAAUCGUUUGGUAUAAAUGCAGAAGAGUUAGAUCAGAUCAAACAGUGCAGGAGCUUGAAGUUAAGUUCCAGUUAUGUUUUUUAGAGCUUUGACCUUGAAAUAUCGGCUCUGAUAUAUCUGAUAAAGUGCUCUUCUAUUUUUUACACCUUUUCAGCUAAAAUAAAAUAAAAAGUUUUAGGGGUUGAGCCAAAUGACCCUCCAUAUAAACCCCCACUCCCACCCUGCUGCAUUGUGCUCCUGUUUUUACUGUUUUUACUAUUUAUUAUGUGUAAAUAAGAACAUAUAUCUUUUAUACAUACUUUUAUUUAUUGUUUUUUAUUCCACUACCACUCUACCUCCAGGAAGUGCAAUAUUACUCACCAUGCUGCUAUUUUACCCUUAGUUUUUAUUGUUUCAAUUUUUUUCUGUACAUGAAAUUAAACACCAUCAUGCUCUGAUAUGGAAGCCAAGCUACGACAUUUCAUUGCAGAGAGAAAUCACUUUUUAUUCUGUGCAAUGACAAAUAAAGAAAGUCUAAGUCUAAGUCUAAACAUUUUUAAAGAGUAUGUUUAAAAUCCUAAAACAGCUUUGUUCUGUUUUUUUUUUUUUUUUUUUUGAAGGUCAGCAGAACAAGGACUUUAGCCCCUUUCACAGCAUCUUUACAAUGUCAGGAAGUGAUACAAACAGCCUUGAGCUGACUUCACCGCAGUUUCGUUUUUGACCACAUUACGGUUUCAAAGCAGAUCUGUCUACAAUCUCACAGUUCUGCUUGAAAGUAGACCAAAGGGUCGUAAAGUCGUGACAGGUGUGAAAACCUCCCUCUGAGUCUGUAUGACCCAAAAGGGUUCACUUCAAAGACCCAUUCAGUGACUGUUCCCGCAGACUGUCAGUGGAUGAAAAUAAGUAUGAAAAUAAAGUUGUAUGUCUCAUUACCAUAUCCUGUAAAUGCUUCGUCAUCGCACAACAAACUCAAACACAUAUGUUGUUUUUUUUCACACGUUUGGGUGAGACACCAGACAUCCUUUGACGAGCCACUAGUCUGUGAUGAUAUGUGAUAGUGUUGGUGAUACCACUCGGUGUCAGCCUGCAGACCUGAUAAUGUGCUUUUGAUCCACAAGACUUUGCUGAAUCAGGGGGAGCGCAGGAAAAACCUCCCCCGUGCCACAAGCAAGGAUUUUAGUCAAAUUAAUGAAAGGCUUCUCCCUGUUAAAAAACAAAAUACCACAGUCCAGUAAUCCUGAGCUGUAAAACUAGCAGCAGAGCAGACUCUCCUCGCUUGAAAGAACAGACCAGUGGUUAAGUAUGGGAUGUAAUGUAAAGCAGGUGAUGUGAUACAUUCCUUCCCUCAUUCCACACCUCUCCUCCAAAUCCAGGGCCACCCACACCCUCCUCGUGUGAAGACCUCUAUCCACCAGUCUUCAUAGAGACCCUGAAGGACUGCUGUGUGGACGAAGGAAAUGACAUCACCCUGCGGGGGGUUAUCAGCGGAAGUCAGCCUAUCAAAGUGUCCUGGCUGCACAAUGGUGAGCAAGGUCAAGUUAUACAGCUAAAUCUCCAUCUGCGCUUCCUGAAGCGGUGGCAUGCCUCUCUUCGCUUCUUCUACCACUGGUGUACUGGUUGCACUGGGUUAUAGAAUGCAGCUUACUUUUUAGAGGACAACAUUUUAUGGUAAUGAGAAGUAACUUGAAUGUAAAAACCUUGCUUGAGAGAAAUUUCUUUGAUGUGUAUUUUCAAUUCAAAUUUUGACCCAUACCGCCAUAUUAAAAUGGAGGAAAGGGGACUUAAGUAUGGUGACCAUACUCUGAAUCCCCCAAAAGAGGACACGACUACAUGGGGGCAGAGCCAUGAAGUUGCGUGUAGUUAAUUUUGAGAGUUAUUCAGGUCAGAUCUAGAGUCUUUUGUGCACUUCUAAGUCAGUAAGUCCACACGACACAAAAUUGAAACUUUCAUACAAAACUCUGGACAUUGGAAGGAUUUUAUAAACUUCCCCAGACAAGGCCGGACAGCGCCCAAAUAAGAGGACAUGUCUGGGUAAAAGAGGACGUAUGGUCACCCUAACUUUAGGAUCUUCACUACUGCCUUCAGGUUCACUUUUUGGAAGCUAUCAGGUUGUCCAUCUUGAACACAGUGAUACCUGUUUUGUUCGGCCUUUACAUCAAAUUGAAAUAUUCUUUAUGUUGUUUGCAUAACUUUUAGCGACACUUGAUAUAACAUUCAUUAUAAUUCAAGUCAUUCCCUGUUGUUGCCUUUUCAAUUUCUCCUCAACCAAUGGUUCACUGGUAUUUAUCUCUUCGUUCCUCACUUAUUUCCCUGUAAACUACUUUGUAUUUUGUGCAUGUUUUUGUUUCCUGAUCUUAUGCAGCUGUCUAACCUCUGCCUGACAUUUGUUUUAACUUGAAUUGCUUGUGUAAAGCAUUUAAAAUGACAUAUCUGCUGCCGAGUUUAAAAGGUCAGCAGCAGCUUAUCUCUCGUCCUACACUCCUUCCUUCCUCACGUGCUUUCUCUUCAUGGCUGUUUGCUCCUAUGGGCAGGUGAAGUAGCCCGUUAUGGGAAACCUUCCUUCAAUGGCAGGGAGAUGACUUUUAUGGUCAGGGAGUGCUUACCUGAAGAUGCUGGUGCCUACACUUGCCUUGCAGAAAACAGCUCAGGGAAGACCUCCUGCUGUGCUGCUGUGUUUGUUAAAGGUGAACAACUUUCUGGACCUUUGGGCUCUGCCUCUUGCAAAAUUUAAGUUUAUCCUAUCAGUAACUUUAAUCGCAAGAAAAAGUUCGCCAAAGUUUCAUUUCUGCUGCGUGUUUUCCUUUUCCUCUUUCUAUUAACCAAUCCAGAUUUUGAAACCAUCCACGGUGAACAGAACUAUCUCUCAAAGGAACCAACUUCUGCAUCCAAGAGCAUAACACAGAACGGAGGGCCACCAUGCUCCUCCACAGGAUCUAUUUGUGUGUCCCCUACAGGCUCUGACAAGCUCAGCCCAGUUGCAUGCCCAAAAGGUAAACAUAUACAUUUAUUUCACAUUGAUGGUUUCAUUUCUCUGUAGCAUUUAAGAGUUGAUAUGUUGAGUUACACAAGUCAGUUUUCUCCUUGCAAUGUUGAGAUGCACCAGGAAAAUAACUGGGCCUCUGUGCAGCUGAUUUAACCUCCUUCACUAAUCCAUGUCACAUGUGAACUGAGAAGGAAGCGCAUCAUUUCCAGUCUUCAUAUGAUUGGCUCUCAGGCAACUUUUGUAUCAGUCAGGAAAUAUAGACUUCCACAACAAUACAGCUUUUAGUUACAUCCUCUUGAGGUUCUCAGUCCCAAGAGAACUCCAUGUAGGGUAGCGGACAGUGCACAUUAGAGAAGGGCCACACCUCUAUUCAACCCUACUAAAAGGCUACCUGUAUUUUGUAUGUUUGUGCAGAAGUCAUACCAAAGAAGAGAGCCAGCUCAGCGACAGGUAAGACAUGCACACACUCAUUCACACAUGAGACACAAGAACUCCUUUCCUUCCGUUUUCACCAAAUGAUAAACCAGCACACUCAUCUCUAUAUCAUCCACUCACACCUACUUAUUGUGUAAAUAAGUAUCAGUAUAUUUCAGUGUGGGACAAUAAUGUGUUUGUGAGGCUUUUGUACAUCCUAAAAUGUUCCCAUGAGCUUCUUAACCUUAGGGUGAGGGGUGCCACAAAAAAAAAGAAAAAAAAAAUUAAACAGUGAAGGUCAAAUGUCUGUUAUGUAAGCUCUGAGUUGUUGUUUUUUUAUUUGAGGAGUUUUGCUAAACAUAAUUUUUUUCAUAACUUAGCAAUAGACAGUUUGUUAAAGAAGCUAACUCUUAAUAAUUCCGGUAUUCUUUUAUCAGAUUGUUUUCAUUCAAAUUCACCAUCCUGAUGCCAAAUUAUUUGCAUAUAGACAGUGUGAGAGGUGCUACUAACUCUAGUGCUCAUAUAUGGAGUUUUCGAGGUUUAUGUAAAGUGCAGGAACAUCAGUCAACUAUAAGAUAAAGCGGACUGAAGUAUGUUUGCUUGCUUUAAAGAUUACUGUCAGAGUAAACAGCUGUGCAUGUUUGGAGCAUGGAAAUGGGAUGUGAGCUGUCUUCAAAUAACAUAUGAACUAGAUUAACAAUGUUUAGCUUGCAUGAUUACACAAGGACUGGUUAUAUGUCACCUGUGUUUUGCACUUGUUUCAACUUGAGACACUGGGUCUGCUGUGUUGCAUGCUACAAUAAUAAGGGUCUCGAGGGGAGUGACACAAUUCCAGUUUAACAGCCCGGCAGCAAAAACCACACAUCGCAUGAUCUCAUCUUAGCACCAAACAUUUUCUGUUUUCCCGUCUUUAUCUUAUACUCACACAGUUCUCUGGAGAGUCUCCUACAAUGAGCUGACAGACUCGGAGUCAAAACACUAACUUUGUUUUGUCUUUACAGGAACACCGUUACACUUCGUAAACCCUCCACAGCACGUCAACGCAGAGGUGGGACAAGCUCUCAGGGUGUCGUGUUUUUUCAGCGGCAGCCCUCCUGUAGUGUCAUGUUGGAUUAGGAACAAAGAACAGGUGCUGCUGCCACUUUGAGGCUGGUUUACAACAUAUCCACUUUCUGACACUGCAGUUGGCUCUCUGUGUCUAACUUCCUUUCUCUGUUCUUUAAAUUUGCAGGUCAUAGAUGGUCCAGAGUGGUGGGUAGAAAACACCGAUCAGAGCAGCACACUUGUAAUAGAAAAGGCUAAACCACAGCAUACUGGUCGAUACACAGUGGUGGUGAAGGACCGCAAAAGCUCGGCUCAACAUAUAUUCACCCUAUCUGUUGUGGGUAAGACAACACACAGGUUACAGGAUAUUUUUAUGGGGCAAUGAGAUGCAAAUGAAACACUGCAUAUCCGGACAUAUAUGUAGGGCUUGUUUCUGUUUAUGUGGCUGUUUUGGAAAACUUGUUGCAUCAUGUUCCAGUGUUUUUGGGGUUGUUGUAUAUCUGAUUUCUUCUGUUCAAUUUUUGGGGGUAAUAUCUCUUUAUUGUCACUGUAUUUUUCUAGUUUCUCCAACACUCUGUUCUUAAUCCAUCAUCCCUCCAGAGAGGCCACAGCCUCCUGCCUCCUGCCCUGUGAUUUCCCUCACCUCCGCCACCAGCCUUGUGCUGUCUUGGUCAGGCCCCUGCUACGACGGCGGUAGCGCUGUCCUGGGUUAUGUGGUCGAGGUAAAAAAACAAGGACGCAAGGACUGGAGGGAGCUAACAGCACAGUGUACAAGUACAUCAUAUAGAGUUGGCUCUGAGCUGCAGCCUGAACAGGAAUACAGUUUUAGAGUGAGGGCCUACAACACAGUUGGAGUAAGUGAGCCUGGACCAGAGUCACCAGCUGUAAGGAUGGAGCAGAAAGGUGAGCUGGAAUCAAAUUUUGAUCCUUUUUAUUCUUAUUUUGGAGCUGACUCUUAAUCAACUUCUGUGUCUUUUUGUCAAGAUUUAGCCAAAUCUAAAGAAGAGGAGCCCCCUCAAGAGUAUACAUCUGUCACUAUUGAUUCUACUCAUAAAGUUACAGAUCACUACAACUUGCUUGAAAAACUGGGCAUGUGAGUAUCAGUCAGGACCAAACUCCAUUUUCACAAACAUAUUUUUAGGAUCAUGUAAGCACUUUCUUUAGAAAUCCAGAUGAACAAGUAAACUUGACACUUUGAGGCAAAGUCCGGAGGCGAGUCACACGAAAAAGUGGGCUGUCCUGCCGGGUUCCUGCCAAGUGCAACAGAGUAGGGAUUUGAAUACAAGCGUGUAGAGACAUGGUUCCACUGUAGAACACAACAGAUGUACAGUGAUCAAAUUUAAGGUCACCAUAAGUCAGAGGCACAACAUGCAAAGCGUUGACGGAUGAGUAUCAAAGGCCUUCGAUAUAAGCCCUGUUCACCUGGCAUAACAUAAAUAUUCCAGAGACAAAAAUGACAAAACGUGUCUUUGUUUACUCAGGGGAAAAUUCGGCCUGGUGUUUAAGCUAACCCACAAAGAAACUGGACGUGUGUGUGCGGGCAAGUUCUACAAGGGCAGACGUGCAAAAGAGAGGGAGGCUGCUCGCAAAGAGAUCGAGCUAAUGAAUGACCUCCACCACCCCAAACUGGUCCAUUGCCUUGCUGCAUACGACCACAAGCCUGAGAUGGUCAUGGUCAUGGAGUUGUGAGUAUUACUAUGAAAAAGCCUCAUGUGGCUGAGUUCUCAUUUUAUACCAGGAGGUCCAACGACAGGAACUGUUUUUAUGCAGCAUUGCAGGUGGAGAGCUUUUUGAGCGCAUUGUGGAUGAUAACUUUGAGCACACAGAGCCAACCAGUGCACACUACAUGCAGCAGAUCCUAGAGGGGAUUGCUUACAUGCACCAGCAGAAGAUUGUCCACCUGGAUCUGAAACCUGAAAACAUAGUGUGUGUUGACACCACUGGAACCUCCAUAAAGAUCAUCGACUUUGGAUUAGCCAGCAAGAUUGGUAUGUGACAUGAAACUCUGCAAAUAUAAACUUGUCGGUUUGACUUAUGCUUCAACUCCAGAUUACAAAACUCUGUGAUUUAUCUUGAACAGAUGGGCAGACACCUCUUAAGGUGAUGCAUGGGACUCCAGAGUUUGUGGCACCUGAGGUGAUCAGCUAUGAGCCUGUUGGUCUGGCCACUGACAUGUGGAGUAUUGGGGUCAUCUGCUACAUAUUGUAAGUCCCAUUUCACCCUUAAAAACCUUUCUACCUCGGUGGAGAUAUGAGGCACUUUAAGAAAAAUGCUUUCCUGCAGAUACUUUGAUUAUCACACGAGGUAGCUGCUAAAAUAACUUAAGCACAACCAGGCAAAGUUAAGCUAGCCUUGUCCAAAGGUAACAAAACGGACAUAUCUUCAUCCUCAAAGCUGUUGCUUAAGUUUAUAGGAGCCAAAAAAGCCUUGCAAGUGAUGUUGACUGUUUGCAUUCAGAGGUCUUAACUGAAUUUUGCUGCCAUCUAGUGGACAGAAUAUAUAACAGCCAGUUUAAUGCCGCUGCUGCCUCUCUUUCUCUUUUCUCCAGGUUGAGUGGCGAGUCUCCGUUCCAGGGCAACAGUGAUGCAGAGACCCUGGCCUUGGUCACAGCAGCCCAGUGGGAAUUUGAUGAUGAGAGCUUUGAUGAGAUUACUGAUGAGGCCAAAAAUUUCAUUAGCUCCUUACUCAACAAGGACUCAAGGUGAUCUUGUCAAUGUAAACUUACAGUAUAUCAGACCCUCCUCUUUUAUUGCACCUGACCAUGUAUAACUCUGAGUGUUUUCUAGACGGCGGUUAUCCUGUAAAGAAGCUCUCGCCCAUCCGUGGAUGGCAGCGUUUGACUCUGGAGAUCUCACCAACACCAAGAAUCUGUCCAAGGAGAAGAUGAAACGGUUCCUAGCAAGGCAGAAGUGGAAGGUGACAGUCAAGAACAGCACUUUUUGUUGUUUCUUUUGAGAUUCGGGUGUUUGUUCUUUUCUAGACUUUUUGUUUUUUUGUCUCAUAGAAAGCAGGAAAAGCCUUGUUAGCACUGAAGAGAAUGGCUCUGCUGUCUAAAAGUGACAGUUCAGGAUCUCCUACCAGCCCUGGAGAAGGUUAGACAUCAAGAAAUCCUCAGUCUUACACGUUUCAUGGUUUGAUUCUGAUACAAUUCCUGUUUUUUCACUUUUCUUUUGCCUCCUCUGGCACUAGACUCACCCCUGAGCCCAGAGGCACAGCACGCCCUCCAGGCCCUUGAGCACAGGAUGCACAGCCCACCUAAGUUUACCCAAAGCCCAGAAGACCAGACAGUAACACGGGGAUCCAGCGCCUGUCUCUCGUGUCACCUGGAAGGUACACAACUGCUUGCCCCUGUUUUCCGACUUGCAACUUAACCCAAAAGUUGACAUUUGUCCUUGGCCUAACCCCUCUUAUCUCCCCCGGCAGGAUACCCUGAUCCAGAGGUGGUGUGGUUGUGUGGUGAAGAGCCUCUGGCAGAGUCGCCAACCGUGCAGAUAGAGUAUGAUGAAGAUGGCAGCUGCACCCUGGUCCUUGCCAAAGUUGGCCCUGAAGAUGCAAAUGUUUACACCUGUAGAGCCACCAAUGACCACGGGGAAGCACUGUGCUCAGCCAAACUCACUCUUCUGAAAUAGAUUCAUGAACAUAUAUUCCUGAGUGCAUUAACAAGAUAUACUGAAUAUUCCUCUUUUCAUUUCACAUAAGAGCCAAACUGUGCUUCCUGUCAUGUAACAGGAGUUCUGAUAUAAUAUAUUAUUGUACAAAAUGAACAGACUAACUUUGUUAAAGAGCUACCCCUGUAGAUAAAAGCUGAUAUUUCCUUGCAGAGCUAAGUUAUGGUUUUUCACACUUUUUUUUUCAAACAGCUUAAAUAAAGACACAAUCCUGCACUUUGGAUGUAAUCCUUAGUAACAAGUCGUCAUCUUUUGUUUUACUGUGAGUUUGGGUUUCUAUUUUCAAUUGAUUUCCCUCUUGUUAGAAGAACGUGUCUGGGAAUCUUGAGUUUAUGUGCCAUACCAAAUCAUAUACAGAGUCACACAAACAAGGAGAUGUUUCCAUGACAAAAGAAGUCCACAAGGUUUUUGUUUUUGUCGGACACAUCUACAUUAAAAGGAUUCUUACAACAAUUUGUUACACUUCCAGCCUCCAAUCAAAUUUUUAAGACUCAAAUCUGGGGCUACAAAAUGCACCCUUAAUAGACUGAUACCAUUCUGCAACUCCAAAACUAAGUUCUACCAUCACUAAACCUUUGUACUGACAUACUGCACCCAAAAAUAGUAUAAAAUUGGAGUGUUAGCAGGUUUCAAUGAUACAAGGCCUGCUGUGUCCUCAGCGGCUCCCACAAAGUCUACAUGAACCAUCACCUAACUUAGUGACUUUAUCAGAUGAUGUUUGGUUGGCAAAGUUUAGACUGGGCAUUAUUGCAACUUAUUAGCCCAACUCCACAAACACUAGGCUGCACUCUGGUUUAGAAACCAAAGGUUCAACAGGUAUUACACUCCCAAUUCAAGCUUUCCCGUACUUAACUCUGAGUCCAAAUAGCUAACAUAAGUGUGUGUAAAAUUAUGAUAAAAACAGUUUUUGAUGGUUUGAAACAAUUCACACCUCUAUAUUUAACAGUGCAGACAAAUGUUAAUUCUUAAAAUUCAAAAUAAAAUCAAAGUCAUCAAAAAAUGUAUAUGCUGGCUAUGAAUUUGAUGACAGUAACUCAUAUCACAUCACCUGGAAUGGCAUGUGUAAUAUUUUGUUGUCACAUCUUUUAACAACAGUCUGUGAGGGUUUGGGAACUGAGUGGAUAAGUUUCUGAAGUUUUCCUCUGCUAUAGGAUUUGAACUGCUCAGCCAUUCAGCGUUGUCUUUGUUGUAAUUUUUCUUACAUUGUAGGCCAAUUUUUAAAGGGGUGAUAAGUUGGCUAGUUUAUCUAUAAGAGAUAACUUUAAUCCAGUUUUGAUUUUUGGUCUUUUCCUUUUUGUACUCAGAUUUCUCUAGAUUCUCAGUAUCUUUUCAUAUCAUGAAAUAUAUUUAUAGGAAUACCUCAUUUUCAUGUCAUCAUGCUGAAGAUUGUUGGAGCUUUAGAGGCACACAAGAGGACAAGUGCACCUCUUGUCUAUGCCAUUAAUACAUCAGUCUUUAAAUAAAAAUAUCAACCUGUGGUAUGGAAUAUAUUUACAGAUGAAAUCUUUCUGUGUAAACAAAGUAACAGAAAGAGCAUUCCAGUUUUUGUCUUUAUUAACGCUGAAGUUAAAGUGCAGUAAGAAACACUGUUCUGAAAUUGUUGCAGUACUUACUAAUGCAGUCUUACUUAGCAUCUUUACUUCAAUGCCACUCAGCCUCCCGGGUAUAUGCCCUGUUAAAUCCACUCAUGUCACUGAGCUGUUGCAACUUCACCCAAUAUGUUGGAAGAUGUCCUGUCAUGGGUAUUUUAGCAUUACACAACCUUUUCAGAGUAUUUUUGUCCUGUUUCAACGUGUUUCUUUUGACACAUGUUGCUGGCACCAAAUAUAGAAUGAGCAUAGACUUUUCAUGAAACAAAAAAAGACAUCCGUUUCAGCAGUUUUGAUGAGGCCUUUGAACUAUUUUCAGUAAGAUAUAACGCAAUAAAGUGGUUUACAAACCAUUAAAUUGCUUUUCAUAGACAUUUUUCACCAUGUCUCAACUUUUUCAGAAUUGAAAACAAGUCGUUGAGGUACCCGUUUUUGGUGGAAUCUGUCUCCAUGAAAAAGUCUGAGAGUAACCCUCUUCAACUCCAUUAAAAUGAUGUUUUCUUACAUAAGUAUGUGCUUUCAGAAACAAGAAAAACUGUCUAUUGAAAACAUAGCUGUUAAACAUAGCUUAAAGUCAGCAUGUUAUUUUAAGGCCUAAGGGUUUUGUCUGAUUUGAGUGUAAACCUGAUGCUUAUCUCCGUAUAUAAACUUACGUAAUUUAUCCAGCUGAGUCACCAUGAGACUGCCAAAGUAAGCAUGCUAUAUUAGAUACUGUUAUCUGCAUGACUCACAGGUUUAAAAAUUUCCUGAGUACUUUUAAUUCUAUUAACUCAGCUUGAUAAAGAUUUUAUUCAUUAAUGAUUGAUGUGAAGACUGAGGUCAUUCACAGUAAUCUGUUCACCCAUCAAAACUAUGAUUCAGAAAUCAAUCUUUAACAGGAUUAUUGCUCUGACCCUGCCACUCAUGCACUCUGUGCCAUUGCUCUGGUUUCUAUUGUGUAGGGUCGUGAUAUGCAUGGUCUACUUUAUGUAAUGCGCUUCAUAUAAAACAGUAAAACAGACUUAAAGUAGUUUUUACCAAAGGACUACAAUGAGGGUUGUUUACAAUAAAUCAGUCCUAUUUUCUAAAUCAAGCUUUUUGCAACUAUCACCUCCUGAGUUAUGCCAUCUUUUCUUAGAAGCUUAAUAGCAGGAAGAGAAAGAAUUAUCGACAGCAGUUCUGGGUCAUCUGCGCUGUGAUUAUGUAACUGUUCUCAAAAGUUUUGUUUUUUUUCUUCCUAAGCUGUGUCAAAGUAAACUAUUAUGAACAAGAUACACUUGAAACUAGAAAUCCUUCCUUGUGACAUGUCUUAACCAGUCUCUUGGGGAAAAGUAUUUCAACAGAAAUCAAACCAUAUUUAUGAGAGAUAGAUGUAAAAAUGACACACAGCCGAUGUUUACCAAAAUAAGAUCCUUUUAAUUUCACCAACAUGUAUAAAAUGCUUCACACGAAAGAGCCUUUAUGUCUUUUUGAUGUUUCAGCACUUAAUAGAAGUCUGUACGGUAUCCAACAUUAUCAAAAAAAAGAGAACAUCUUAGUUCAACAUGGUAAACUAAAGCCAUUAUCUUUAAAAUAAAUAUAAAUUCACAGGAGGGUACAUAAAUAACUUUGUAGCUUAAAGAUAAGUACAUUCCUUAAAAACUCAAGUUUAAGAUACAGUGAGUGCAAAUAGCGGAUAAACAUUUCCAUGUCAAUGAAAGUAGGUGGGAGGGGGUUUGGAUGUGGACUUCAGGGGGUGAAAGAGGUCUUCUCAGGUUGACCGUCUCCUUAAUGAUGCUCCUUGCUGGUUCCUGUAGAGUGUCGCAGCCCGUGAUUCAAAGGCACUGACCAUCUGCUUCACUACUUGAUCAAAGAAUACGCUGGCUAGCUGAGAGUGCAGGAGGGACCUGAACUCAAAUGACACCUAUAGAGGACACAGGAGAGGGACAAACGUGUAAGCAGCAGAGCAUUUAAAAGAUGCUCCCAUUGUUAGUUUUAUUCAUUUAGCAACAGAAACUAUCAGUUUUGGGGUUAUUUUCUUCAAAGAAACCACCUUAAUAGGGAUUUUAGCUUUUUUUUUUUUUUUAACAUCAGUCUACCUUAUUCAAGAUGUUCCGAGAGUGAACCACUUCCUGUUUGACUCUGAGCUAAUCCUAAGCCAACAUCAAGGUCAAACUCCUGCCGGCCGCUCUUUAACACUGUUCCUGUCUGAAGAGCUAUUUCAGUCCAGCAGUGACACUGGCCCGCUACACAGGGUUAAAUUUAGAGCAUAAUGAGAUUUUACUCAGCACUUCCUCUCAGCGCGUAGUAAUCCAUUCACAAAAGAACAGUACUGACUGUGAACCCUUGUCUGUCUAAAGCAUGCAAAAAGUUUUUCCGUUUUUUUUUAUUUUUAUGUAUUGUAGGAUGCAAACUUACAUAGAAGUCCACUUUGCAGGAGUCUUCCUUGUUCUUCUGGGGGGCAAAUCUCCAUAUUGUUUCAAGAUGGUUAAAGAGGGACCCGUCACUGCAGACAGCCUGUUACGGGAAAAAUACACCUUCUUAUCAAGUGAAAAUAAACACGUCUGUGAAUGGUGUAAUAAAAGCUUACUCAGAGCCUCUGUUGUCUGUGUUAUCUGCAGAGACAUAAAGUCAUCUGCUGAUGCAAACUAACCUCUCAUAUCUCAAGUGUCUCCUUAUCCUUAUCUGUUUUAGCAGUGAUCUUUUGUCAGCUUUCACUGACCAUGUAAAGACGUGCAGGAAAUGGACUACAGAAGUAAUGUUACUAAACAACAAAUGCAGGAGUUUAAAAAGUUUUUUAGGACCUACCCUGACUUGGUGGUUUGGGAUGCAGGUGACCUCAGAGCUGUAGCGCUCCAAGACUGGGGGGAACCCUAUUUCAAGCUCUGCCUGGUCGUUGCCACUUGGUCCCUUUGUGACCCGAGACUUCUUGCACCAGGGAACAAAGUGCUGAUACUGUUCCACAUUUGCCACCACAUCAUACAUCUGCUCUGGAGUAAACCUGGGAAUACAGUCACAUGCAGAAAGCCACGCACACAUUGAGAUGAUAUUGCCAUUUUAUUACCAUUUUUUUGGAGUUCCUGCUGCCCAGUAUUUUCUAAAUAAACAUCAAUAACUUUGUAAAAACUGUCUCUUCUAGUAAACUAUUGGAUAAUUUAUGUUAUGACACUCACCCUAAUGUACGGCAUUCAGUGUACUCCAUUCUGCGGGAGCUGAUUGGGGCAACCAGGUUGAUAAAACUGCGGCUUGGUGUUACAAGUGGGAUGGAUGGACAAAGAGGCAGGCUGUCCCUUCGUGUUGCCAAGACCCCACAGGAACCCACUUGUCUGUGGAGAAUAAAUGUGUGAACACAAAGAAUGAGAAGGGAAACCCAAUCUGGAAGGGGCCUAUGGCUUCCAGUUAUUAAUGUUUACUUUCCUUCAUAUCUAGUAUGAGUGAACUGGAAUAAAUAAAACGAUUUGUAAUCUUACACUAAUUUGGUCAGAUGUAAAACCAUCUAAAGUGUUAAAAUUCAAGCUGAAGAAAACUGAGCUGGAUUUUUUUUCCCUUAGGCUACAUGUAGUUUUUAGGAUGCCAAUUUCAAAGGUAAGACAGUGACAGAGUCCAGACAGUGUCAAUUAUAGUGGGCUGCCCACACACAUACAGCUCAAACACAGCAAAUAAAGUCUACUCUGCCACUACUAUAACACAUUUGCUCAAAGUUGUCUGUAGAAACCUCCAAAACGAAACCUAAAUACCAAUGCACAAAAUGAAAUACCUGUCCUGGGAGAGUCCCAUGACUCACCUGAUAUUGGCUCUUUUAGUAUUUCCCCUUAAAGCUUUCACAGAGUGGGCUUCAGACACAUCCAGCAGCGCCUUCAGGAGGAGAUGAGUCUUUUUGUUGGUCAUUGUGUCGACUAAUACUUGGAUGGUUCACGCGGGUACCUCGGAAGAUCGUGUCUCGAGUUGGCAGGUGGUAACGGCGGGACAGAGUCAGUGUUACCGGCUUUGCUCCACCUGAAGAGCUACACAAUUAGAAUAGCGGUGACGUAACAGGCGCCGUUUACUCUGGCCAAUCAGAGACGGGGUUUGAGAAAAUACAAAAGCUGACCUCCUUAUUUUAUAAAGGUGUGUCUUAAAUUCUUUGUAUGACCUUAAAUUAAAAAAGGACUUAAUCCGAGGUAUGAAAAUGAAAGGUUGAAUUUCCCUUUGGAGACCAAUCUAGGUCUAAAAAAUCUAGAUAGUAAUAGUGAGUAAACAGUUUGGUUCACACUAGCUGAGGAUGGUCAUGUCAAAGAGGCGCAUGAUGUCCUCAUGACACACCUGGACUUUGAUCAGAGAGUAAGCAGUCCCAGUUAUAGUGCCAUGAAAAUCAAACAAAAUCUAGUGCCUCUCACCAGAAAUGAUGUAGUAAAACUUGUCACAAUGGGAUUGUGUGAAAGUCAGCUCAAGAUUUCAGAUUCAAAAACGUGUUUGUGUAAGUAUUGUUUCUCUGCUAGUGCAAGUGCAGUGGUAAGGCGUUUAACAGCAAUCUUGACUAUUGCCACUACAAUGUCACCAUUUAAAGGGUUUUAAACUUAGCCUUUUGUAACGUCUUAUUUAACUCUCACAACACUAUUUUGCAUGAGCCUAUAAGAACUGAAAGGCUGAAAUCUGCGAGUGCUGCCGUGUUAAGCGUCUGAGCAGUGAUACAACCAGAACUGGUAGUGCAGGAUCCAUUUUUAGAUCUUCAGACUGGAAUUAGGGCACUUGAUCAGGGGUGGAUUUGAAAACAGAGGAAAUCCCAAUAUAGGUCGGAAACUUAACAUGUAAUCUUACACCUACUAGAGAAUCUAAAAAGGUUUACACGCAAGGCAGGGCUUGACAAAUAGUUACACAAGGGAUGGAUGAUGACCUCUCCCAUCUUACCCAAAGUGCACAGAGAAGCAUAUAAGAUCACUCAGUUAUUAUAUUUAUUAAUCAGUACAUGGCACCAUGGCACUGUUGCUCCUGAUUUUAACCUUCUCCGUGUGGAUUUGUUGUUCCACUACUUCAUUUCCUAUCUGGUCUAAUAACCCUUGGCAGAUAAAUCAGUCUUUAGCUCCAGUGUCAGCAUGUGUGUGGUUGAUGGACAUAUCCAGGGUGAAUACACCCUGCCUCUUGACUGAACUUGAUUAGUGGCUUAAGAAUUAUGUGGUGGAAAGACUUCUGAAGCAUCUGACCUCUAAAAUAAAAAAGCACAAGACUUCCUGUUGGACUCGAAA